GCAUAUGUGUAAGUACUGUUGAAUUCGAUCUUCUCCUCAGCUUCAAGUUUUCCUCGUAAUAAUCAUGUUCCUACCUACCCUCGUCUCUCUUUUUUUCUUCUCUUCGGCAACAGUCCGAGCAUCUCCAUGCGUCGCUUUUGACACCAACUGGAACCUUCUUGCUUUCGGCCUCGACGGCAAAGACUGGAACGCGGGUACCCAAGACACCUGGUCCAGCAGCACUGCGGCCACAGACAUUACAACCUCUAACCGACCGCCAUUCGAUGCUGCUAACACUACGUGCUACCUCUCACAGUAUGCCAACGCCAUCUAUGCGAUCAACGCCGACUCCAAGAAUCCUUCCUCUCUUUAUAUCUACGACGCGACCGCAAAAUCAUGGUCCAUGCAGACAGUCAAUGCUGGUUCUUUCGACUACACAUCUUUCGGUGCUAUUCUAGACCAUGACACGAACGUCUUCUAUGCCUUGUCACAUGGAAACCUCUUCUCCCUAGACAUGGGCUUACUCAAAGCAGCCAAUAGCACCCCUUUGAAUUGGAUUAACGAUGAACAAGCACCUUACCCCUCGAACUACAUACCAGUCAUGGCUCUUGCGCAAAAUCACAUUCACUUUCUCGACGUCCCCAGUGUCGCUGCUGGGAGUGCAGACAUCUUCGUCAUUCAUUACUCCUACUUCCAACCGCAAGCCCAGGCUUACCCACUCCCGAAUGGGAGCGCAUUCCCUGCCACUUAUGGGUAUGCCACCUCAUUCUUCCAGGCAGAUAACACAGUUCAGCAAGAGUUUGCCUUUAUUCCUGAAGAUUUCUCCGCAACGUACAUAAUCAAUGUUGAGACGAACACCACCCAGGCUCUGGCAGCGCCCACUACCAAAGACACCAAAGCGACAUACUUUGCUGGCAUCACAGCCCUCGUGCAGCUCUCGAGCAAUGGUGCCGUGUCUUACCUCCCUUACCUUGAGGGUAACACGAGCACGAACCCCGCUGCGACAUGGGCCUCUGUGAGCAACCUCGCAGCAGCUGCCCCGCCAUCCUCUUCAAGUACUAGCGGGUCCAAUGGCAGUACUAGUGCCUCUGGCUCACAAAGUGCGACCAGUCCAAGCAGCACCACAUCUGGAGCAACUGUGGGCGCAAGCAUACAAUACAGCAUGCUCAUCGCUUGUGUCUUGUGUGUCGUUGCGUUUGCAGUGUAAAUACUAUUCUUUGUUCCGAAUAGUGAUCGUACAUUUUCAUACGGACUCUUGGUGUUAUCCACUUCAUGAUCUAACAUAGCGGACGGUUUUUUGAGAGUAGACUACUUAACGACCUCGCAAUGAUUUGUCUAAAGUUGUUAUUGCCUGGCAAUCUUAUGUCCGCUCUUCUGGGUG